AGGUGUUAUUUCCUUUUCCAUUUCCAUUUUCGAAUAGGCAUUUUAUUUUUAUUUUAAAAAAAAUAUUCAUAACAUUGGACAGCCUCUUGGCUCCUUCUCCCUCUAUAUAUAUUUACAAAAAAUCUGCAGCACUAGACCGCCUCUUUCUCGGCCUUCUUGUCAUCGUCUUCCUUCGAGGUUUUCUUUCUUUUGUUUUCUUUAUUUUUUUUUUAUUUUUUUUUAUUUUCAGUUUAUUUUUCUUUCCCUCUUCCUCGAUUCUGAAACUAAACCCUAGAUAAUAUUAAAUCUGUAAAAGCUGGAUAAUAUCUUCCUGGAAGAUGCAGCAACAGAGGCUUAAGCAGCAACAAGCCUUGAUGCAGCAGCAACAGCAGCAGCAGCAGUCUCUCUAUCAGCACCCUGCUCUCCUAGCAGCUCCUCAGAUAGAGCCUAUCUUGAGUGGAAAUCUGCCUCCUGGGUUUGAUUCAAGUUCAUGCCGCAGUGUGUAUGUAGGAAACAUUCACCUACAGGUCACAGAACCACUUCUUCAAGAGGUUUUCUCAAGCACAGGUCCCCUUGAAGGAUGCAAGCUCAUUCGAAAGGAGAAGUCAUCCUAUGGGUUUGUGGACUACUUUGAUCGCAGAUCUGCUGCCCUUGCUAUUGUGACACUUAAUGGAAGGCAUCUGUUUGGGCAGCCUAUUAAAGUUAAUUGGGCAUAUGCCAGCAGUCAGAGAGAGGACACAUCAGGUCAUUUCAAUAUUUUCGUUGGUGAUCUUAGCCCUGAAGUUACGGAUGCUACAUUGUUUGCAUGCUUCUCUGUUUAUCCUAGUUGUUCUGAUGCAAGGGUGAUGUGGGAUCAAAAGACUGGCCGCUCAAGGGGGUUUGGAUUUGUGUCUUUCCGAAACCAGCAGGAGGCCCAAAGUUCUAUAAAUGACUUAAAUGGAAAGUGGCUUGGAAGCAGACAGAUUCGGUGUAAUUGGGCAACAAAAGGUGCUGGUAUUAAUGAUGACAAGCAGAGCUCUGAUGCCAAGAGUGUUGUGGAACUAACAAAUGGAACAUCAGAAGAUGGUCAGGAGAGGACUGGUGAUGAUGCUCCAGAGAACAAUCCACAGUAUACCACAGUUUAUGUUGGCAAUCUUGCUCCUGAGGUUACUUCAGUUGAUCUCCAUCGACAUUUUCAUUCGUUUGGUGCUGGAGCUAUUGAAGAUGUUCGAGUGCAACGAGAUAAAGGUUUUGGCUUUGUGAGAUAUAGUACCCAUGCUGAAGCAGCUCUAGCUAUUCAGAUGGGGAAUGCUCGGAUUCUCUGUGGUAAACCAAUUAAGUGUUCAUGGGGUAGCAAACCGACUCCACCAGGAACAAGCUCUGCACCUCUUCCGCCUCCAGCAGCUCCUCAUAUGCCAGGGGGCCUUUCAGCCGCCGACCUGAGCCGACAGAUGGCGUUGAGCAAAAUGGGUGUUCAAGCUGCUCUCAUGCAUCCACAAGCUCCACAUGCUCUUAAGCAGGCAGCCAUGGGGAUGGGUGCCGGAGCCAGUCAGGCAAUAUAUGAUGGUGGAUUCCCGAGUGUCGCGACAACCCAGCAGCUCAUGUUUUACCAGUAAAGGCCCCUCUUGUAACACCAAUUCCCUGGAAUUAUGUCUGCGGACAGCUGGAGGAUGCUUUUACAUUUUUUACUCGUUUUUCACCUAGUAUUGUGCUCAUGAUGUAGUGAUAUGCGUGGGUGUGUUAUAUGGGUGGGUGAGUGCUCUCUCUUUUGAGGGGAUGGAAUUGAAGAAACGCAAACCCUUUCCCAGUCUAGUGGGAAUGUGAGAGAUGUGAUUUGAUGGGGCUCAUAGAGCCAUUUAUUAUGAACAGUAAAGUAUUAUACAUGUUUUCUUAGUAUUAUUAGAAGUAUGCUGUUGUCUGAGGAUUAAAUACCUAAAAA